UUUUGUUUAAUUUUGAUGGAGAUUUUCGACGUAUUAACACAUCGCAUACCAUUUUCCAAACUAAAAAUAUAUUAUAUUUAAAAUCAUUAAAUUAUUUGAUUUAAUUAAUUUGCUCUUGAUGAAGAUACUUUUUGAGACAUACUGUAUGUGCUGCGCCGCCAUUCAUAAUGUCAAAAAGUUCGUCAAGCUUCGUGUGUGAUGAAAGGCGACAAGAAAAGCAAGCAGCCGCAAAUUUUACAGCUUGUAAUUUGUGUAUUAUCAAGCUUGUACAACAGCAUUUAAACUCGGUGGUAGAGUUCCGCCCGCUCCAUCAAAUACAGAGAAUGACGCCGUCCAAUAUUGUUCCUGCCUCGCGGUCGUGCACUACCGUCAGCACUGCACUAGCCGCAACAAAACAUGCGCCCCUUGUCCCACAUUUCCAUAAUCUCGACGGUGGUCAACAGCUGUACGACGGCCGUCUACAGCCACCGGGAUAGCCUCGCUCUCUAGUGCGAUACUGAUGAACCUGCGGCGCAAGAGCACGCAAGCGUUUGGUGGCGGCGGCUGUGGAAUGAUGGUGCACCUCGGUAAAUAUGGUGCACGAGAAGAAUUCUUCCCGCAAAGGGCAUCCUUUUUGGGCACUGAAAUCGAACGACGCCUACGGAGACAGUAACAACAACAACCAUCCGGACAGGAGACGGAUCUCAGUCGGUUGUAUGAAAACAGCAAGGUGCACUAGAUCGUGAAACACUGGCCGUCCAGUACGACACAGGCCUUAUCAGCAGAUGGCAUGGAAAUGCCGCGUACAAUGAGGCCGCACCGUGACGCCCCGCGCUGUAGCCCUCGUUUACGCACCGAAGUUAAGCAGUUCCAUCGGGAUGUCUUCACCGCGCCGGAUCAUUUGCGGGACGAUAGCGACAAAUGUCCCGCCGUAGGAUCCAACCAAUAUGGUGGAUAAUUAAUAUAAAAAAUACAAAUUACAUUAAUUUAAUUCAUAAAAAAAUGAAAACGAUAGCUCAACGAAGAAAUAGAUACAUGAUGACUAAAACGGAAAGAAACCUAUUGCCAU